CUUGGCCAAGGUGGUUUUGGGUAUGUUUAUAAGGGACUGCUUUCAAGCGGGAAAGUAGUUGCAAUCAAGCAGUUAAAAGGUGGAAGUGGACAAGGGGAGAGGGAAUUUCAAGCAGAGAUUGACAUCAUUCACUACAUCCAUCAUAUACACCUUGUAAACCUUAUUGAUUACUGCAUUUCUGGUGCUCUGAGAAUUCUUGUAUACGAGUUUGUUCCAAAUAGCACGUUGGAAUUUCAUUUGCAUGGGAAGGAUUACCUAAAUAUAGCUUGGCCUACGAGGAUAAAGAUUGCUUUAGAUUCUGCAAGAGAGUUGGCAUAUAUGCAUAAGGACUGUAAUCCUAAAAUCAUUCACAUGACAUCAAGGCUUCUAAUAUUCUUUUAG